AUGCCAAACGAUCAGCCACUAAACAAAAGAAAACGCCAUUAUGCGGAGGAAUUGGAGGGGGCGUCGACCACAUCGACGGCAGCUUUUUCAACAAUUCCACAAACGCUUUCGACUGAAAACAAUCUCCCCUCGUGGACAGCUUUCGAAUAUGAACAGGAUAUGCCUUUCACCCCGUCAGUUGCACAAUAUCAAGACCUCAACCAACCACAGCCACAUCAACCGCACCAACUCCCACCACCUUCUGAUGGCUUCGACUUGAGCAUUUACAGAUGGAAUAUGAUUCUUGAGAUGCCCGAGCCCGAGAACGUUGAUUGGUUUGCCACGGAUCAGUCCGUGGAUCCGUAUCUCGAUCAACGACCACCCGAGGCUUUCAAUACAGCGUACCCUGGACAUUUUCAAGGAUCCGAUCAAUUCGGUUUUGAACCGUAUCCAAUGGGAGGAAGCCAAGAAGACCUUCAGGAUCCGGAUCAACCAGUUCGU